AUGGUGCGCUUUGCCAAAACAAUGAGAUCAACGAAAUUUCAGCAGUCAAUGCAGACUGGCAUCGCCCUGCUGGUGAGGCGGAUGGAAAGGCGGGUUGUGCCAGAGCUUCCUGCAUCUGUGGAGGAGUGGCAGGGUCAGCAAAAGACAUUAUUUAUUUUAGCUGGUGGCGCGGCAUUGCCGCAAACCCAGAGUGAUCUAAUCUUGAUGAUGUUCAACGGCCAUUGGCAAUCCUCACGAGAGCAGUGGGAAAGUGGAUGCUGGACGCACUGGUGUAACGGCUGCUGUCCGAAUGAAGAGGUGUGCAAGCAAAAGGCACAGCAGGCACUCGAGUAUUUAUUCAUGAGUUUCCCGUCAGAGCCUUUGCUGUACCGUUGGAAACAUUGGGAGCCCUUCCUGGAGUAUUGCUUACUUGGCGUCACGAUCAACGGCUUCUUAAAGUUUCUUGUCAAUGCCUGUGCCCAAAACAUGCCGGCAGAUGUUGGUGCAUGGGACGAGGACGACCCGUCACUGUCUUUCGCGGACAAGCAGGCAGUACGUCUAGGGAAGGUGAGAACGACAGUCCUGGAUGCAAACUUUCAGGCGAUCUUGUUCAAAGCGGUCUUUGCUGGACAGCCCUUGCGCAGUCUCAUGGACGAUGUGUCGUAUGUGGAGACCAUACGAGAACGGUUGCUUCUGCUGCAAAAGGGUGUGAAACUGUCGAGAAGCAAAGCUGACCUUUCACCGGAAAAGCUGCGGUCGCAGAACUGGGGUUUUUUUUCAGGCCAGCGGGCGCAGCAAACACUGAAGGAAUACACAGACCUUCUGCAUACAGGCCCGGACCUCACUGAUCUCACGGGAACGGGCUUUGUAGACCUGUUUCCUUUGGUUUUGCGGGGCAUGACAGAUGCAUACCGUCGCUUGUUCAACAGAACGACGCGGCUGUGCUACAAGCUCCUAGCGGUAUUCGACAUGACGUUGGACGAUGCGUGUGCAUGGAUUGGUGGAUUGUGGAAGGAGUACCGAAACCGCCCGUGUUGCCUGGAUCCACAGUUCUCCAAGGCCCGUGUUUCUGUAGUUGGUUUCCAUUUCAUGAAGCCUGAAGUAUGCACUGUUGGUCGGAGUUGGGGGAUUUUAGUAUUUUGUUUACUUGUCUGUCUGUCUGUACAGUAG